ACAGUAAGCGGGGCGACGCCGCCGUGAUUGGUCGCCUUGCGUUCCACGUUCCUUUCCCCCCGAAUAAAAAUUCGACGCGAUAUAUCUCGCUUCCAAGAACGAUGGUUUGCGUGUUGACCAGUUUUUAUUCAUACACAUAAUUUGGUGAUACAAUAACAAAGUGGUUGAGAACGCAGUGAAGUGUCAAGGUGUUUUUUCGCGCAACUUGCAGCUGUCACAACACAAAGAUUUCGAAGGAUAUUAAAUUAAAUCAACAAGAAACUCAAAAAGUGGAAAUUUUAAUUGAACUUACAUACUAAUAAAGAUGGAUCAAGAAUUGUGUAGUGCUCUAAAAGUUUCAAGAAAGAGUUUUUGGAGUUUUAGAGUUGAUAAAAAAUUUUUCAACGUUGAAUCAUUAUGAAAAUCAAGCAUUAUCCAGGAAAAGCGGUCAUGGAGGACCCUUGGCUAUCUAUCAAUGAUAGAACAAUGGACCUUGUUUACGCCGCCAAUUGGGUUGGGGCGAAUAACCUAAAUGGGUACAAAGAAGAUGACAACCAGUCUGUUAAAUCAUUUAACUCCAUAUCUAGAAGUAAGUCAUGUCGAGACGUGGGGCGCAGCGUAGAAAAAGACGAUGACAAAUACAACACCUAUUCACGUGCAAGCCAAGGUCACUACAAGAACAAUAACGUCCCUCGUGAAAACAUAUCUCAAUUAGCGAAAUAUCAACAGGAUAUUGAAGAAAAGGCAAGAGCCAACAAUAACUUCUUAAUGCAAAAUAAAUUAAAGCACAGUUAUAGUUUUAAAGAUAUGCCAAAUGGAUAUAAACCGUCAACACUAAGAAGGGUAAAGAGGCGAAACUUUACUGAAUGGGAUAUCGAAGCGUUUGGUCCUAGUGACAAACAGGUUCCUGUCCCUCCACAAAGAAAAGAUUCUCUCAAAUAUGCGCAUAGGCAAAGAAAAGUUGAUUCUAAGAAAAAUUUAUAUCCUCUCCCUGACCCUGGGCCCGUACCUCCUGAUCCUGCAUCAGAGUCCUACUAUGAAUAUUAUUCAAGGGUCAGCCAACAAAAUAAUGACACAGACAGUGAUAAAAUAAAGUUGAUUCAAAAAGACCCAAAGAAGGAAAGAAAUUUUGAAAAUGGGGAUGCCAAGAUGAAUGGUACUGUUCGUGGUUAUGGCAAUGAUAUGUAUAAAAUAAUAAAUUCAAUGGCAACUUUAGAUUUAGCCCCAAUAAAAAAAAGAUCCGGAAACAAAAACCUCGACAUGGAUAGCGAAACGGAAGAUUUAGGCAUAUACAUGCACCCUAUUAAUGAAUCGUUAUCUACAUGCGAGCAACUUCCUGAGCACAUAACGCAACCUGAAAAUAAGCGAAACGGACGUGCGGACGAUGUUAGGCCUAGUUUUCGUUCAAAAUCUUUAAGAGUAAAAAGCGAAGGACGGGCGCCACUUCGACCUUAUCUUGAUACUGUAGAAAAUGAUAACAAAAUGUAUAAUGGCGUCACUGUUACACAACCAAAAAGGAAUCUCUCACCGAGCGAGCAGCUGACGUUAAUGCAAUACGGAAUGUUACGUGGAAGUCAGCCUCCACCUGUCUCAACCAGUAAUGGGUUUCACUCCGUCGAUUUAGGAAAAGAAAGUGAAUAUCGGACUAACGGUGUUGCUAGACAAAUUAAACCGGAUAAAUACGGGAAGCUUUACAAUACAGUGAGAGUGAAAAGUGAAGAUAGGUAUGAUAGGUACAAUGACAUUUUAUCGUUUAGUUCACCUAAAGAGCGUAUCUCUGAAGAACGUGCGACUAAUAAUACCGGUAUUUAUUCUCGUAGUGCUAAAAGUUCAUCUAGUGGUUCAGACUCUGAUUUCUCUAUACCGCGACCAAAAUUAAUAGUACCUGUACAUACAUAUGGAUUACGUAAAAGAAGAACUGGCAAUCUUUGUCAGCGGGAUAGCACAGCCACUGAAUCUUCGCUUGAUGCUGGAAUAUUGCUAGACGUGACUCGCUUAGAAGAUACGAGCAACAAUUUUGACUCUCAACAAAAUGGAGAUUCAGAGGGUCGAGUGGAAGUAUCCCGCGAGAACAAAUACCUCAGCACAAUGGCGCCUGGAAAAGUCUUUGGCGAGCUGGCGAUACUGUACAACUGCAAGAGAACCGCCACCAUCAAAGCUGCCACCGACUGCCGCCUGUGGGCCAUCGAACGACAGUGCUUCCAGACCAUCAUGAUGAGGACUGGGCUUAUUCGCCAGGCUGAAUACACAGAUUUCCUCAAGAGUGUUCCGAUUUUCAAGAACCUGCCCGAAGACACGCUUAUCAAGAUAUCCGACGUGCUGGAAGAGACUCACUAUCAAAACGGUGAUUACAUUAUCAGGCAAGGUGCCAGGGGAGAUACAUUCUUCAUAAUCUCAAAGGGACAGGUCAAAGUAACACAAAAACUACCGAACUGCAAUGACGAGAAAUUCAUAAGAACUCUGACGAAAGGAGAUUUCUUCGGAGAGAAAGCAUUACAAGGGGAUGAUCUUCGAACUGCAAACAUCAUCUGCGACUCUCCUAACGGCACCACCUGUCUGGUAAUCGACAGGGAGACCUUCAACCAGCUUAUAUCCACUUUGGAUGAAAUCCGCAGCAAAUACAAGGACGAGGGCGACGAUAGACAGAGACUUAACGAAGAGUUUGCAAACCUACGACUCACCGACCUGCGUAUCAUCGCAACUCUUGGCAUCGGUGGCUUCGGGCGCGUUGAGCUAGUCCAGAUCCAUGGAGACUCCAGCCGAUCCUUCGCCCUGAAACAGAUGAAGAAGGCACAAAUAGUCGAAACGAGGCAGCAACAGCACAUAAUGUCGGAGAAGGAGAUCAUGUCAGAAAUGAACUGCGAAUUCAUUGUGAAGUUGUACAAGACGUUCAAAGACCGCAAAUACUUGUACAUGCUGAUGGAGACUUGCCUUGGAGGAGAGCUGUGGACCAUAUUGAGAGAUAGAGGACAAUUUGACGACGCAACGACGAGGUUCUAUACAGCGUGUGUUGUUGAGGCUUUCCACUACUUACAUUCUAGGAACAUAAUUUACAGGGAUCUCAAGCCAGAGAACUUACUCCUCGACUCGAAGGGAUACGUGAAGCUGGUGGACUUCGGUUUCUCGAAGAAACUGCAAGCGAGCCGCAAGACGUGGACCUUCUGCGGCACGCCGGAGUACGUCGCGCCGGAGGUCAUCAUGAACAGGGGCCACGACAUCAGCGCUGACUACUGGUCCUUAGGUGUGCUAAUGUUCGAGCUGCUGACCGGCUCGCCGCCGUUCACGGGCACGGACCCCAUGAAGACGUACAACAAGAUCCUGAAGGGCAUCGACGCGGUGGAGUUCCCGCGCUGCAUCACGCGCAACGCCGCCAACCUCAUCAAGAAGCUGUGCCGCGACAACCCCGCCGAGCGGCUGGGCUACCAGCGCGGCGGCAUCACCGAGAUACAGAAACACAAAUGGUUCGACGGCUUCAAUUGGGAAGGUCUGGCGCAACGCACACUGGACCCACCAAUCACGCCGGUCGUGAAAUCUGCAGUAGACACCCACAACUUCGACCAAUACCCGCCCGACGCAGACGAACCGCCACCCGACGACCUCUCCGGAUGGGACGCCACCUUCUAACCACUGAACCAGUGGGGACACUGUACAACUUGGAUGUAGUUACGCUUCUGUUGGGGCCACGAUGAUGUCACAAAGUGUUUUUAUUACAAGAGAGAGUAAUUAACCUAGUUAGCUGAAUCGUGUUAUUCAUGUCGUUUUAAAUAGUUUUUAAAUGUCCUUUUUAAAAUUAGUUAUUAUGCUUAACGGUGACUUAUUAGUUAUAA